CUACAUCUUUGUCAGACUUUGCUUCCCAAGUGUCAAGUUUGUCAGAAAGCCCACCUUCUUAGGUAAAAACUCUUGGGUGGCAUUUCACAAUAGCGACUGGCUUCAGGCCUUCCCUCUUUAUUGUCUCCUAUCACGGCAUCCUUCCCUGCCACCGUCAUCGCCCACGCUGUCAUUCAAACUCACCUUCCUGUAGAACAACGCCCCCCCCCCCCCCCUAUUAUCUCACCACCUCCUCCUGUCGACCCAGACAAACCCUCCAUCUCAAAUAUCGAACACCUGUUGCGCUGCCUCCUAGGUCUUGUUUUUCCAUCAUCCACAGAUAGCUGGAGGUAUCUAUCUUUGUCGCCCUCAACCGCUUGAGAUUCCGACCGUCAUUGGACCCACAGACCAAGGCUAUUUUGGGCCGGGUCCCCUCAUCACAGCCUGGGCCCCCUGCUGACAAUUGACGGCUGGCAGCGCACCAACAAGCACUCCACAUUUACGGUCGGGUCGCCUCCCCUCAGUGACAGUCACCGUCCUUCCCUCUGCUUAACUUCCCACCGAACCCGCCCUUUGCGCCGCGGGAGUCGACAAUGACUUUAGCAACCAUGAGACAGCGCGCGUCCCUCGAUAUCAUCGCCGACAGAGGCGCAAUCAUUUCUAACCACGCCCCGAGCAGCACCGUCGCCGAGCCAGCAGCAGCAGCACCCGACCAGCUCACCCGACAACAACAACAGUCCGCCCAGCCUGAACUCAUCGACCUUGUCGUUGACGCACAAGACGAUGCCCGCUCCACUUCAUCCAGCAGCUCGCCAGCGCCCGGCGGUGACAAUGAGGAAUCCGAUUUCUUCCUCGGCGCAAAUGAUUCACAGUCCUCUCUCGGCGUACCAAAUCUCCAGGACAUGCAGGUCAACGAUGAGGACUGCCUUCCGCCCAUCAACCGGCUGCCAAACGAGAUCUUGAUCGCCAUCUUUGCCAAGCUCAACAGUCUAUCUGAUGUCUUCCACGUCAUGUUGACAUGUAGGAGAUGGGCUCGCAAUGCGGUUGACAUUUUGUGGCAUCGUCCAUCGUGCACGACAUGGGACAAGCACGUUCAGAUUUGCAACACUCUCAGCUCAGAGGCUCCGGCCUUUCCCUACAGGGAGUUCAUCAAGCGCCUCAACCUUGCGUGUCUGCACGACACCGUCAGUGAUGGCAGUGUUGUUCCUCUUGCCUCGUGCACCCGUGUCGAACGCCUCACCCUCACAAACUGCGGCAAGAUUACCGACACUGGCCUCAUCCCAUUGAUCACUAACAAUGAUCACUUGUUGGCACUUGAUGUUUCCAACGACAGCCAAAUUACGGAGGCUUCGAUCUAUGCUAUUGCCCAGUACUGCAAGCGACUCCAGGGUCUCAACAUCAGUGGAUGCCACAAGGUCUCUCCAGAGAGCAUGAUUACUCUUGCCGAGAACUGCAGGUUUUUGAAGAGGCUCAAAUUGAAUGACUGCCAACAACUGACCAACCAAGCCGUCCUUGCCUUUGCCGAGCACUGUCCCAACAUUCUCGAGAUUGAUCUCCACCAAUGCAAGUUGAUUGGCAACGAGCCUGUUACAGCACUUAUUGAGAAGGGACAGGCUCUCCGUGAACUUCGACUGGCCAACUGCGAGUUGAUUGACGACAAUGCUUUCUUAUCGUUGCCGAACAGGACGUUUGAGAACCUGCGCAUCCUGGAUCUGACAUCUUGUGACAAAUUGACGGAUCGGGCCGUGCAAAAGAUUAUUGAAGUCGCGCCUCGACUCCGGAACCUGGUCUUUGCCAAGUGCCGCCAGCUCACAGACGAAGCUCUGUAUGCCAUUGCUGGUCUGGGGAAGAACCUGCAUUUCCUCCAUUUGGGCCAUUGCCACCAGAUCACGGACGAGGCCGUUAAGAAGCUUGUUGCCGAGUGCAAUCGCAUUCGCUAUAUUGAUCUUGGUUGCUGCACCCACCUGACGGACGACUCGGUGAUGAAGCUGGCCACCUUGCCCAAGUUGAAGAGAAUUGGUCUCGUCAAAUGUGCCCAGAUUACAGAUGCAAGUGUUAUCGCUCUUGCGAAUGCCAACAGGCGAGCACGCUUACGAAAGGACGCGCAUGGAAAUGUCAUCCCCAACGAGUAUGUCAGCAUGAGCCACAGCAGCUUGGAACGCGUUCAUCUGAGCUACUGCACAAAUCUUACUUUGAAGGGAAUCUUGCGGCUGCUUAAGUGCUGUCCGCGACUCACCCAUCUCAGUCUCACAGGCGUGGCUGCCUUCUUGAGAGAUGACUUGGAGGUAUUUUCUCGUGAGCCUCCUCAAGGGUUUACCCAACACCAACGCGAUGUCUUUUGCGUGUUCUCAGGUCAAGGCGUUGUCAACCUCCGCAAAUAUCUGAACCAGGAACAGACAUUUGCCGACCUUGGACUUGGAGAAUCAGCCGGCGGUGUUAACGGGGCUGGCCGAGACACUCCAACCGGCGAGGUCAUUCAGGCCAACAAUGGCGAUGCCGACGAGACGGAGGUCGAUGUCGUGGACGACGACCCGGAGGAUGACGAUAUGGCCGAUGCUGCUCCACCUAACCCAACCCAUCAACAACCACCGCCUCCCCCGCCGCUCGCUCCAACACUUCAUCCUUUUAACUAUGUAGGGGGCCACCCGCCUUACCUACCGCAGUCGGUUCCGUUACAAAACGGUCACAUGGCACCCCAACAUCCUCCAACUCUUCACCACGGCCUAUCAAUAGACCACGACGUUGUGACAUUGUCUGCUCAGCAAGCUCAAGUUGCUGGACCGAGCCCCUCGCCAUCCACUAGCUCUCCUAGCCAAGUUAUGGGCACGACAAUAGUUAAUCCGCCAGCGAGAAUGGACCGCGACGGACCUGGUAACCCUCAAGAUUCGGCUUAGGAGACCUUGUCUGGAGGAAGCACACCACACCGCGUUCGCAGCUCUUCUGCAGGAGACACGCCACGGGACGACCGCGGGACUUCUGAAGCAAUCACGCUACGCCGAAGUCGCAGCGUACGGGCCAUUGCGUUGACGCCGUCUAAGCGAAGGAGAAUUGCGGUGGCUUGAAAGCUGCCUUUUGGUUAGGGUUGAACUCUGUCCCGCAGAGAUCAGAAGUACUUCACAUCAUCGUCUUUUCGGCAAGGUUUCGGAGCAGAAAUGCGACAUUGAUACCCAGCACAGUGGUUUUGGUCUGCUGUUAUGGCCGUUUUACUAUUGGAACGUAGCUUUACCUACGGCCCAAUCAUUUGCCUUUUUUGUUCCCGUGAAAGCUCCCUAUACAGGACUCACGAAGUCACGGCUUUUGCGGGUUAGGCUUGUUUGGAGGAUGGGCAAAGAACGUUGGGGGAUUAUACACAGUGAUUUUUUUUUGCUUUUAUUUCUUACUGUUUGGGGGUGGUCAACAACAUUGGCCUCUUGGGACGGGCGGGGGUUAUAUUGCAUCUUUGUCGGAUCACGGAAUCGAGGGCGCCACCAUUCUUGUCGUAAAUUGAUGAUCAGUGGCAGGGAAAACAUACGCGCUGUGUUGGGUGAUGCGGUCUUGGGAUGGAAGGUAUAUCCUAUGGACAUAUAUUUUUUCUUUUUGUUUUUAUUUUUUUUCUCGCUCAUUUUGCGCUUCUCGGCGUCACGAGGGUAUUUCCUACUACUGGGCCAUCAGGUGGGAUUGGGGACAGUCAAGAGCAAUGGGAACAGUCCACCACACACACAACAUAGAUGUAAGCUAGGCAGCUUUGAAGAAUUGACUUGUUGGAAUACUUUUUUUGUAUGGGGGAACGUGAUUGUGAUUGACAGGUGGUUGGUUCGUUGGUUGGAUGGUUGGUUGCUGAGGGGAUUGCUGGUGGUGCCAAGACAGUGUGU